CGCUAGGACGCAUUGUAGAUAUGCGGCGGCAUUGGUUAUCUCUACGACGAUUGUCGUCUCGGCUCUCGCAGAAAGCACCUAACCCUACCACGAUCUACUUGUACCCGACGUUGACAGUCGCACAUAUAGUGGGAUGAACACUAGCGCGUACCCAGGUUCUCCGGAAAAGACGCGAGACACUCUCCUGCCCAAAAUUGCACUGAAGCCGUGGCUCAAGAAAUCACAUCCGCGACCCCUUAUCCUGCGUAACGUGAGGCUCAUAGAACCAUCGACGUCGAGUGUGGAUCCCGGUCUUGUGGACGUGCUUACCAGCAGAGGACACAUAUCUGCUAUCCUACCGAGCUGGGAGCACGGCGAGUUUGAGGGGAACGAGGAGGAUGGUGGGGAUGCUGUGGAAGUGAACCUGAAGGGGAAGUUUCUUUGUCCAGGUCUCAUUGAUUGCCAUGUUCAUGUCAUGGCUGUUCCUGGCGUGAGGUCGUUGGCAGAGUUAGCGCAAGCGCCACAAGAGACCGUCCAUUUAGCAUCGACGUAUGUUUUGCGAGAGAUGCUAUUGCGUGGAUUUACGACUGUCAGAGAUACAGGCGGAGCCAGCGAGGCGCUCGCCACCGCAAUAGCCGAGGGUCUCAUACUGGGACCAAGGAUCAUCCAGUGCGGACAAGGUCUAUCGCAGACAGGCGGUCACGGUGAUAUUGGCAGCGAGUGCUGCGGUGGAGGCCACGGGAAAAUACUUGGGCGGGUCUGUGAUGGAGUAUCGGAGGUACUCAAAGCCACCAGAGAAGAAAUAAAGGGCGGUGCCGACUUUAUCAAGAUCCACUGUGGGGGUGGCGUAGCAUCGCCUACGGAUAGCAUUGAGUCGGUGCAGUUCACUGCUGAAGAGAUCCGUGCGGUCACGAUGACGUGCAAGCAGAUGGGGCACAGGAUGAGCACGGCUCAUGCUUACACCGAUGCGGCCGUACGCCACGCUAUUGACAAUGGUAUCCUCGGCAUUGAGCAUGGUAACCUCAUCUCAGAAGAGACUGCCGCGCUAAUGGCAUUCAAGGGCAUCUUCCUCACGCCGACAUUAUCAUGCUAUGGCAUCAUGGUGCGCCCGCCCUACGAGGACUACCUCCCGCCAGAGGGCAAGGUCAAGAACGAGCAGGUCAUGGCGAAGGGUCUGGAGGCGCUUAAAGUGGCAGAUGCAGCGGGGGUGACAAUAUGCUAUGGAUCCGAUCUGUUGAACUCAUUCCAUGCUCUGCAGACGGAAGAGUUCACCGUCCGUGCUUCCGUCCUGCCCUCAGCGAAAGUGCUGCAACAUGCAACCUGCAAUGCUGCUAGAUUGCUCGGCGACCACAGGCUAGGCCGUAUAUUCCCCGGUGGCUACGCCGACUUGAUCAUCCUGGACGUCAACCCGCUGGAGGACGUUUCGAUCCUUGAUUAUCCCGAGAACCAUCUCAUGGGAGUCAUCAAGAGCGGAAGGGUUAUUAGCAGCAAGGUGGAGGGACUGGUGGCGGAUCAGUUGUACUAGGAUGGCAGUAACCAGGGGAUCUCAUCCGCUGACUCCGAUUCAGAAAUAUCUAUUUCGCUUUAUUUGCUGAUAAUACCUGUUGCAUCACUGUUCAAUAUUCAAUGCUCAGCGC